GCAUGCGCUUAGUUUCUGCAGCGUUGAUGACUUGCUGCUUGUGCUAACAGGCAAACCUCGGCUGCUCGUUCCUAAUACACAUUUAUUUAUCUAUUUUUCGUUUUGCACUAUUUCAGACGACACGAGCAAUGGCGGAUCCAAGAAUACGACAAAUAAAAAUUAAGACCGGUGUGGUUAAACGUUUGGCCAAGGAGGAGGUGCUUUACAUAAAGGAGGCAAAGCAGCAGGAGGAGAAGAUUGAGCGGCUGAAGGCAGAGGCAGGAGACGAGUAUGUAAUCAAGAAACAAGUGGAGGUGUUGCAAGAAGCGAGAAUGAUGGUUCCCGACUGUCACCGUCGUCUUGCUACGGCCCACGCUGAUCUGCAGCAGCUAUUGGAAACAGAGGAGGAAUUGGCUGAAACAGAAGAAUACAAGGAGGCCAGAACUGUAUUAGAUUCAGUCAAGCUAGAAGGGUGAUGCAAACAUAAAAAACCAACUGACAUCCAAGUGUCCAUUCCAUUUGUUUAGUGUUUCAGAAGUGAACCGAUCGUUUUAAUUCACAAGUUAAUAACACCACUUCUUGGCCUUCUAUAAUGUAAUUUACACAAUUGUGAAAUAAAGUUUUUUUUU